AUGGGGUCGAGCUCGUCGCGAGUCGCCGGCGCGGAUGAGGCGCGUCAGCCACUCGGCGGCGCGGGAGAGGCUACGAGGCAAGUGGAGGCUUUGGUGUCCGCAGUGCAGCGGCUCGCGGCUUCUUCCCCAGGGGGACUGAGCGAGGGCCGCAGCGCCUGCCUCGCCUCAGAGGCCAUUUUUGCGUCGGCAGACGCGCUCGGUGUGGCGUCUCGGUGUCCUUCGCCUUCGUCGCGCGCGAGUGUCGAGGGCGCGCUGCCGCAGUGGGAGGAUCUGUUGCUGUCUCUCGGCGAAGGCGCAGUCCGCACGGCGGCGCUCUCGACGCCCUUUCUCUGGAAUGAGCUGCUUCUGCCGCUACUGCAAGGCAACGCGCACAACGGCCAGUUGAAGGCGCUGUUCCUUUUCUUCGCGCGCACGCUCUUCCGCUACGGCGAGGCAGUCGAGUCUGUGCAUCGGAGGUGCCAGUCCGCGGCGUCUCCAGCCGCUGACUCAGAGAGCGAACAGCCCCCUGCGGACUCUGCGCCCUUCCCCUGCUCGGAUCUCUCCCUCGCAGAGCUCGCUCUUCUCUUGCGAAUCCUCACCAAGGCCCUCUGCAGUCGGCUCUCUCUCCCGCAGAUUCUCUAUCACCUCGAGUACGCCGAGGCCGCCUCCGCGGACGUCACCGCGACCUCCCUCCGCGUGCAGGAGGAGCUCCUGUCCCUCGCCACAGCCUUCUCGGCGGCCUACGUCUCCAAGCGCCAGCGAUCUUCUGCCUCGUACGCGCACGCUCCGGGCGAAGACGCCCGCGACUCUGUGGCGCUCCCCAACGGCCUUUCCCUCCCAUCCGCCGACGCAGAGUCGCUCGACUCUGCGUCACCGAUCCCAGACGCAAAGGGCGGCGCCGCGGAGGGGCACGGCGAGACGCCGCGGCGUCUCUCGCUGCAGACUUCGUCGCUUUCUUCCAAGCGCCAGACGCGCGAGAGCCUCGACUUGAGCGACGACGACUCGACGUCCGACGCGGCGCCGUCUCCGCCGACCGCGCUCCACGGCAGCGUGCUCUCUGGGUCUGCCCGUGCUUCUUCCUCUGCGUCGUCGCUGUCGUCCCACUCGCCUUCGGUCGGCGCGAUCGACUCGACAGCCACGCCUGCUACUACUGCGACAGUGGACAGCUGCUCAAGCAGCGAGGCGAGCAAGAAGGCCGCACGUGGCUUCCGCCCCGAAGACGCUUCGGGGCAAGCGGCGUCUCCCGUCGCGGGGGGCGCCGCGGGCGCGUCUCCGACCUUCUGCGCCUUCCUCCUCAGCUACCGCGGCGAAAGCAAAGUCCUCUCCGCGUCGCCGCUGCGCUCUCCAGAGCAGCUGCACGCGGACGUCCUCACGUGGCUCGCGGAGGCCUUUCCGGAGGACGCGGUCGCGGCGCGGGCGCGGGGUUUCCUCUUCCGCACAACCGCGCGAGGCGCCGCGACCUCCCCCCGCAGAGCUGCGCAGGAAGGAGAGGCCUGCGCCAGCGCAGAAGGCAGCCGCGAGGUGUUCCUCUCGGUCAACGACUUGGCUUCGGUGCGCACGCUGGGCGCCGUCCUGACGCCCGUGCGUCUGAACAGACAGAAGGAACGAGCUGAAGGCGGAGGGAACGCGAACAAAGCCUGCGGCGGCCGAUGCGAGUGCCGCAGCCCGCCGCCGACCGAGGAACCAAGAGCCAAGACCGGAGACGUGCCCGACGAAGCGGGGCGAGGAGGUGCCUCGGAGGGAGACAGCGCUGCCUACGCCAUGGAGCCCGAGAGCGAGGCGAGAGCCGCCAGAGGGGUUCCGGACGGAGCUGACAUGUGCACGGUGCGUGAGCGCAGCUGUGCAUCCGCCUCGACUGAAGGCGUCGCGCUCACGUCGAAGGCCAGCGCGAAGGUGCUGGUUGCCGAGCUAACUCUGAUUCCGCUGUGGAUUCCUCUUUCUCCCGAAUCUUCUGCGUCUCGCGCUGCGUCGCCUGCCGCGUCGCCUUCGCCGUCGGCUGUGGGCUCGUUGCUGGACGCCAUCGUGAAGUUCCUCACCGUCGCGCAGCCUCCGUCGCCGUGCUGCUCGCCGCACCUGAUGAGGGCUCACCAGCACCUGUUGGAGCUUCUUCUCGCGCUCUUCGCCGUCGUCUGCCCGCUCCAGCUGACGGCGUCGUGUCUGCCUCGGCGUCCUCUCCCGUCGCCGCACCGGAAGCGACCUCUGCGGCCGCCCGUGGCCGCUGACGAGGCACACGCCGCCUCCGAGUGUGACGGAGAAGCAAACGCAUGCGCUGGCGCGCCCUCGCAGCUGCCGCAGGGAGGAAACGCCCCGCGGGGACUUCCACGGGCACACGCGCUGGGGAGAGAGGGCGGCAUGCGAUCGAGGGAGGAAGGAGAAGAGGCCGGCCAGAGAAACGAGGGAGCCUUCUCAACCAACAGGCCACUGUUCGACGGUCUCCUGAUUCCUCCUCUGAGGUCGCCACACGCGAAACUCGCACCGGCGCUCUACGUGUGGCAGCAAGAGGCCCAGAGACAGAGGUACCGACGGUGUAUGUACACCGCAGCGGCUGAACGGGGGGGAAGCCUCGCGGCGGACCUCGAAGUUGCAGGCGGAAGACCUUUCCUCCCCGUUGCGGCGGCCUCGCUUCUGCCGGAUCUGUGCUUCAUGGAGAUUAUGCUGAGUCGAUGGGAGCAAGAUAAGAGGCGUGGCGAAACGCGCGCAAAAGAGUUCGCGGCGUACCUACUGAGCAUGAUGUGGCCUUCGUCUGCGCUGCUCGCGCCUGCGUCCGCCUCUGCGCCGCCGUCGUUUGUGAGCGUCCCUCCAGCGCUGGCACACUGCGCCCUCUCGGCUGUGCUUCUUCUCACCUUCUAUCCUCAUCCGCGGACGCGCAUGUCCCUGCUUCUCGCGCGGCUGCCUCCGCGCCGCCUUUUCGGUGCGAAGCACCAGCCCCUGGACGCCGGCGCGAGCGGAACAGACCUCUCUCUCGCGAACUCCUUGUGGUCUCCUUCCUUCGCGCCGUCUGCCGCCAAGCCUGCGCCGCCGCCGCUGCAUGCGUCCGAGGCGUGCGCGAGUCCGCUAGCGCCUUCGCCGUCGUCUUUCUCUCACGCUCGCGUGUAUUCCGCCGUUUUCGAGGAGGCGGGCUUCCUGCCGCGGCGCGCAUCGACUCCAGAGGCAAACGUCUUCGCUCUCGCCUUUUCCGCGCUCUACGACGCCUCGCACUUUUCCUCGGAUAAGAAAACCGGUCACGCGCAGCACGCGGGCGGACUGCGCAGUCCGGGGGACUCCACUGAGGCCCUUUCUCUCGCGCUUCCUCCCCUGGCGUCGCUCAACUUCGACGGCCUUCUUCUGCAACUCUGCUCGCCGUCGUCCCUGAGCCACCCCCUCAAAUCCCUUCUCCUCUAUCUUCUCCUCUGCCGAAAUAGAUGCUUCCGACUCUUCUGCCUCUCACGCAGCGACGGCGAGCGCUUAGUGAUUCCCCUGCUGCAGCUGUUGAAUGCGCUCUCGCGAUUCUCUCCUGAGCAAACGCCGCGGGAGAAAGAGGACGGCAGGAGGAGCUCGCCAAUGGGCGCCGCCCCCCCGCUCGCGAUCAUCUGCGCGAUAUCCCUCAUGACGCUCACCAAGGACAAAUCCUUCUGCCAAGAGCUGCAAAAGAAGGUCGUCGGGCAGCUUCCCUGGGAUGAGAAGAAGAAAGUGGUGGCGGAUGCGUCGCUUGGAAGCCUCGUCGUCCUCGUUUUGCUGCGCGUGAUCUCAUGGAACAUUCGGCGAUGCGGCGACGUCUUCUUUCUUCUUCUUUGCUCUUCCUGCCUGUUGAACGUCGCGUCGUCUGUCGAGCAACUCCACUGGUACGUGGCGGACCGCCUGGCAGAUUGCGCAGCGGGGCUCCUGCGUCAGUUUGCGCGUCGCCUUUCUUCUCUCUCGGCUGCGUUUCCGACGGGUGAGGACGCCCUCGGCAGAGUGGAGGGCGGCGGGGAGGCCGCGCUGUGUAGCGCGCGCGCCGAGAAGGAUGAAGCCGCUUCGCGCGAGGCUUUCGCACAGAAAACGCAAACGCGGCGCGAGACGCGCGCGCGCAACAGCAGCCGCUUCCUGAGCGAGUUCGACGGCCUCGAGCUGCUGUUGCUGGCGUGCCGCAGCGUCGUUCAGUUCCUUGCGGUGGCGCUGCGGCCGCCACUGCUGAGUCGGAAUCUCCCGCUGCUCUACGCAGUCCUCCGCCUCUUCCCGACGUCGACGGCGAAGGAGCUUCUCAAUCGCUUCGCAGACGCGUGGAGGUCUCUGGGGGCGAGUCGUCAUCUGCCCUCAGCCGACGCGGAGGGCGCCUGCGAGAGGCGCCUCGCCUGCGCGUCCUUCUCUUCCCACGCUUCCACGCUGUCGCUUGCCUCUCCUGGUGAGCGCGGCGAGGCGGCGGCACGAGCAAAGGCAGAAGGCGAGGUAGCCGCACAAAUGCCGCGGACGUCGAUGUCUGAGACGCACCGGCUGGUUGCGACGCGAGUCAGCUUGCUCCUUGGCAACGAGCUGCGCCUUCUCGUCGACCUUGUUCAGCUCUUCACCGCUUCCAUCGAGGACGCGUUCCGCGAGGGAACCGCUGUGGAGGAAGACGGCGAGACGAGUCGGCGCGUCGUGGAACAGGUCGCGGCGAAAAUCCCGCCGCCGAGUCGAGACCGGAGUUUCUACCCGCUGCAGCAGAUGCCGGUUUUCCUGUAUCGAUCUGAAAACGAAUCCGAAGAGGAGUCGCAGACUUCGCAGGGGGAGGAGGGUCGGAAGCGCCAGAUGGAGAGACUGAGAGAGAGUUUCCUGGCAUGCGGCGCACCUGAGCAGCUCAACUUCACCGAGAGCUGGGAGUCCUCGGCAUUCUUCUUCCCGCUCGUCUGGCGCUCCAUCGACGCGCUGUUCCCCGACCGCGUCUGCUGGGAUCGCGCAGCGGCGCCCGCGACAGUGUUUUGA